GUCUGGUCAUGAAGCUUCAUAGCUCCUCUAUAGCCUCCUCCUCAAAAGACAAACACUUCAACCACCCUAGCUCCAGGCCUCAGCGCCUCGAAGGGCGGGGCGAGUUCCCGGGCUGCAGGUGGCUGGAGCUGCCGGGCCGGCGCCUGUCCACGCUGCCCCUCAGCCGGCGGCUGCUGCACCGGGCCCGGCCCGUCAGCCGGGGCCUGGCCGCCGCCUGCAGCCUGGCCGCCACGGCGCUGCUCACCCUGGGGGCCCUGCACGGGCCCUGGCUCCGCUUCCUGCUCACCGUGGACCGCGACUGCCCGGACCCCGGGCCGGGACCCGGGCCGGACCCCGGACCGACCCCCGGACCGACCCCCGGACCCCCGAACCGCUCCGCCUGCGGGACCCCGGCCCGCCCCGUCACCUUCCACGUCUACACCAAGCUCUGGACCAAGUGCAGGGACAGCAGCUGCCUCCGGGAAACCUACGAGGGACCCUACUACCUAGAGGCCUCCGAGAUCUUCAUGCUGAUCGCCAUCAGCACUAGCUUGCUGCUCUCCGCCUCGCUGCUCUUCACCACCUUCAUCUUGGUGCCGUCCAACCCGGCCUUUGACCUCUUCACCUCGGCCAUCAGCUUCUUCUCGGGCCUAUGUGUGCUCUUCUCGCUGCUCCUGUACCUGCUCCAGGCCAGCUCCUUCCUGCAGCCCGGGAUGCGCUACUCCCUGGAAAAUAACUUCCUCCUGGCCUGGGCCGGCAUCCUGCUCUUCCUGCUGACCGGCUUCCUCUCCUGCCUCAACUACCUGAAUUUCUGGACGGUGAUCCCGCAGCGGGGGCCGCCCCAGGCCUAGCGGACCCCGGCCCGGGUCCCCACCGAGGGCAGAGGCAGGUGGUGUGGCUGCCCGCCCCGAGGGGAUCCUCGCCCCCUCACCCGCCGAACGGGACGGGCCCGAAUUCCCCGGGGUGGGCGCUGGAUUCGCACCUGAGACCGCCCCGACAGGGGGGGCGGGAAAGCGGGGCGAGGACGGCCGACCUGAGGUGACCGACCCCAAACUCUGGACGUGGACUCAAGGGCAACAACACUGGGCCCCACCCCGGCGGGCUCUUUUGACCUCCCACCCCCCAUGGGAAGGGGGGGUAAACCUGUCUCCAUAGUGACGUUUCUGGUCUCCAUGGCAACCUGCCCCCACCCCCCCCCCACCAAGGGCAGCCUCUUCCCCAGACGGAGCCCCCCAACCCCAGGGAGCAGAGGAGCGGAGGAGUCGCUGCCAAGAUGAAGAACUGGCAAGAGAGUGUCUGCAUGGCCAUGGCUGCCCUCACCGUUGUGGCCUCCAUCUACUUCUUUCAUCUGGCUCAGAAUUGAGCAGGCCCUGGGCCUCUAGGAGCCCUCCCUCCAGCUCUGCCCCCCUCCCCAAUAAAGAUGACCACUUGAC